AGCAGCCAUCGGCCCCCAUCGCCAUUGCCAACACGAAAUCAACUUGACAAGCUCCGGCGUGCGGACCAUGUCAAACGCGCCGCGCCAAUGAUGCUGCUCCGGCGAAAAGUCCCCGCGGUUACCAGUCGAGACAGGCUAUAAGUAUUGCGCCACCGGCCACUGCCCUCUCAUCCAUCUCUGCAACCUCUGUUUGCAACAGCCAAGCGUUCGAGCGGCAACCACAAUCGCUGAGCAUUUAGCAAGCAGCCAACCAUCCAGCGUCUCCAGUGAUCGGUCUUGCACGUACGAUGGCCUCUUCCUCCUGCUUCUCGCCGCUCGUGCUGCUGCUAGCGGCGCUCUGCGGGCUCCUGAUGCUCGCCUCGGCUCACGGCUACCCACCUAGCGCCGCCGGCUCCGCGCUGAGCUCCGCGUUCUACGACGCGUCGUGCCCCGGCGCCCACGACGUCGUCCGCCGCGUCAUCCAGGACGCGCGCGUCUCCGACCCCCGCAUCCCGGCCAGCCUCAUCCGCCUCCACUUCCAUGACUGCUUCGUCAACGGUUGCGACGGCUCGCUUCUGCUGGACGACGACCUCCCGGCGAUCCAGACCGAGAAGACCGUGCCCGCCAACGACAACUCGGCGCGCGGCUUUCCCGUCGUCGACGACAUGAAGGCCGCGCUCGAGCACGCGUGCCCCGGCAUCGUCUCCUGCGCCGACAUCCUUGCCCUCGCGGCGGAGAUCUCCGUCGAACUCGCUGGAGGGCCACGAUGGAGUGUGCUGCUCGGCCGGCGAGACGGCACGACGACCAACAUCGAGAGCGCCAGAAACCUGCCCAACUUCUUCGACCCCCUGGACGUCCUCCAGGAGAAGUUCAGGAACGUCAACCUGGACGACACUGACCUCGUCGCCCUCCAAGGAGCGCACACAUUCGUCAAAGUGCAGUGUCAGUUCACACGGCAGAACUGCACGGCCGGGCAACCUGAGGGCACACUGGAGAACCUGGACGAGGUCACACCCAACCUCUUCGACAACAAGUAUUACGGCAACCUGUUGGAAGGCCGCGCCCAGCUCCCCUCCGACCAGGUCAUGCUGUCCGGCCCUGCCGCGGCGCCGACGACUGCUCCCAUUGUUCAUCGGUUCGCAAGCAACCAGAAGGAUUUCUUCAGGAACUUCGCGGCGUCCAUGAUUAAGAUGGGCAACAUCGGCCCCCUAACAGGGAGGGAUGGAGAGAUUAGGAAACAUUGCCGGAGGGUCAAUGGCAAAGGCUACUGAAGACUCUGCUGGUUCAGUAUGAUGUGUUUCGUUUUUUCUUCAAUCAAUUGUGGUGAUUCAUGUGUAACUUUUUUAAUUUGUCAUUCUUUGUAAAUCUCUUUUUUUUUCCUUUCUGGAAAGCAAAUGUGAAAAUGUUUUCCGCCACUUGUAAGCUCAUUUCAACAAAGUUUUAUUUUGUUGGAGGCUAAAGCCA